GGCAAAUUUGUGGACACCAAAGGAAAUGUGCGCGAACCUAGCGUUGAGGAGCUCGACGCUUCAGCAACUUCUACCGGGUGUCAUCUAUGCAGAGCUCUCUUGGAAUGUAUAUUGCCUGGAUCUCUAAAGUUUAACCGGCAGGACUACCCUGCGUGGUUUGAUCUCAACAAGGAGUUUCGGUACAGCGUUUCGCUUUACGCCGCCCAGCAUGAUUCAAACCAACACCUUCGGUCUAUUUCUUUGAAAUUGACGGCAAUGGGGGAGCGUAGGUGGAUGGGCAUGCAACUACGGGGUUUAAUCUUCUAUAGAGCACGCCCGGUGUUGUUGUCUGGCAGGAACUGUUCGGAGGAACCAAAUGUCAGGUCACGCCGCUGGGUCUUCAAGGAGGUUGAUCCUCCGGGGCAUCAUGAAGGGAUCAGGGACGUUGGACUCAUGGAGGUUGACAUCGUUCAGCCAACGUCAGCCACAACUUUUGACCCUCUCGCCUUCGAACAGCUACGGAGAUGGGUAGACGAGUGCACUCAAAAGCAUGAGCUCUGCAAGACAGCAACAUCCGGCAAGAACUCCAUUUUCGGCUUUGAACAGACGGUGCGGCUGGUCGAUGUCGGGCUCGAUGAUAGCUCACCAGUUCGUCUAGUGGAGGGUUUCAGGGUAGACCAGGUCCGGUAUAACACACUCAGUUACCAGUGGACAGCGGACACAUCAAAGACCAGUCUAAGGAAGCAUAACAGAGCCGCCUACUGCCAUGCGAUCCCAACAGAGGCCUGGCCUAAGGUAUAUAAGGACGUUGUGAUCGUUUGUCGGGCCCUUGGUGUUCGUUACGUAUGGAUUGACUCCCUUUGUAUUGUCCAAGAUGACCUGGAAGAUUGGAAAGUCCAGUCAUCCAUGAUGCAGGAUGUCUACUCCCACGGCCAUCUCAAUCUCGCCAAUGUGCUAGGAAAGCACGCGGAUGGGCUGGAGGUAAGCCGCUAUCCCACGGCUACCUCGCCCUGCAUUUUGUCACGCACGCUUGAGGAUGGCUCAACAGAACAUUGGGGAUGUAUGGAGGAUGGCAGUUGGCGGGAGCACAUUCAGGAUGCACCGCUGUACACACGAGGAUGGUGCUAUCAGGAGCGGUUUCUUUCCGCGCGAACAGUUCAGUUUGGUCAACAGCUCUACUGGGAGUGUAGAGAGCAAUUUGCUUCCGAGUCGGUUCCGUUCGGCAAGGCAUUCUACAAUAUCAAACACCCGGACCUGAUCACCACCUUUGCCAAGGGCAAGAAGAGUGCUGGCGAAACGAUGAGUCCCGCAGAGAUAUGGGAAACGAUUGUCAAGAUUUACACCACCACCCAGCUCACGCAGCAGUCCGACAAGCUGGUAGCUCUCAGAGGCGUCUUCAACCGCUUCUGGGAGCGAUUCGAAGUCGAAGCCGAAGCCAGAAAGCAAGAGUCAAGCCAACAAGUUCAGCACCAGCACAACAUUGACUGGUGCAUAGCCGGCCUCUGGAAGCGCGACCUCAUCCGCCAGCUCCUUUGGCGUCGCCACACCUACCACCUUGAUUCCAUUCCCAAACCCGAACGGUGGCCCGAAGAAGAAGAAGAUGCCCAACAAAAUUCUUUCUAUGCUCGCGCGACCGAAGUCCUCAAACUCUACCCCUCCUGGUCCUGGGCCGCUUGUCCCUCAUACCACGGCUUCGGCAUUUGCUUCACCACACAACCCACCGACAAGGUCGAAGACAUGAUUGUCAUCGAACACAUCAAGCCGCUCAACCACAACCCACAAGUCUUUGACUCUUCUGUCCUCAUCCUCCGCGGCCUUCUCUACAGCGGCAUCACAGCCAUCGACCUAUCCCACGUCUUUGCCGAAUGGCGCACCAAAUCCGAAUCUUCGGGAACCGUCAAACACCACGCUCGCCUUAUCCGGCGGUCGGCGUGGUGGAUCUACUUUGAUCGGCCACUAAACCUACUCACCCCGCUAAGGCCAGAAAGUGUAGGUGUGUUGAUGGUCAGGCUGGUGGGCUUGGGUGAAGUGAGGCAAACGAGGUAUAUGCAUGGGCUUUUGGUGGAAAAGCUGGUGAGGACCGGGAUGGGAGAGGACAUGAUGGACGGGUUGCCGACCUAUAGACGGAUGGGGUUUUUCUUGCUUAGGAGUAAACGGGGGUUAAUCCCGGGGGUGGAGUGGCCGGAACGGUUUAGGACGGUGGAAGAGGCGGAGGCUGCGGCGCGGGAGGUGAGGGAGAGGAGGGGGACGUGGCCGUUGUUGAGGUUGGUGUAGGAGAUUGUGGGAAUGGCUGCCAUGCCAUGCCAUGAUCCUGGGGCGCAGACGGUGCAAACAA